GUAUUAGUCAUUGACGUAAAUCUCAACAAUAAUGUUCUGGUUACGAUCAUUUCGGCCUUUUAUUUUGAAGACAACUCCCGGUCACAUUUCAUCCAUUGUCGUGACUUCCUCACAUGGCCCAAUCGCAGCGGCGUCUGAAGUCACGUGUCCCUCGGCAGUGUCCCGUCUUGAUGACGUAGUAUUGUGUGUGUUUUGGCUAAACGUCUCUAGCGUCGGGCCUGCUCUUCACUUCCUCCUCUCGCGAUGAACAGAAGCAAAGCCAGCGGCGUCUCGUGGGUGAAGCCGGCGGAACCGAGCUUUCUGAAGAAGUUUAAAAAUGACAUCGGCUACAAAGAAGGAGCGAACGUUGACACGAAGCGGCAAGCGAUGCCGACACUGGAUGACGACAGCGGGAGCGAUCAAGAGGACGAGUUGCCUCAAAUAGUGGUUCUGAAAGGAGGAGACAUGAGCGCAGAGGAGGUGAAGAAGAUGAAGGGCGACGUGCUGCCUGGAGAGAAGGAGGACAAACCUCCGGCUGACGGUAAAAUCCUGUUCAAGAAACCCGCCAAGCGUUCCUCUUCCGACAAAUUCCAGGGCAUCACCGCCAGCUCCAGCAAGAAGAAGAAGAAGAGCGACGGGGCAGAGGAAGAGGAGGAAGAGAAGGAGGAGGGGGAUGAAGGGGUGGAGGCUGGUGAGGAGGAAAAGAAGGAGGGGAAGUCUGGAAAGACGGUGAAGAACAGCCUUCUGUCAUUUGGAGACGACGAGGAGGACGAGGACUAAAGUUCACCGUCACGACCCCGAGACCAGGAGUCACAGGACAUUUACAUAUGGGGGCGGGGCUUCAUCAAUGCAGCCUGUCAUUCUGUCGGUUUUAGUAUUUGUGACGAGCGCUCCGUUCAUUUCAGUCCUAAAACAUCGAGUCGAAGAUUACAUUUGUCUUCCGAUGCAUUUUGACUCGUUCAGACGGGAAAACACGAAACCGCCCGGCAACAGACGAUGUCAUGGUGACCUACCUCAGACCAGCUCACAGCCCUCUGGGACCGUUUCCCUUUUUGUAAAGUUGAGCAGAACCGGUAAAAGUUCUCGUGAAGUCGAUUUUGUUUCAGGACUGAAAUGAACGGAAAGAAAAGUUUUUGGUCAACAGAAUAUUUUUUUAAUUUGUCGUCAAUGGGCUGAAACACAAAAGGCGCCUGUCGUCUCCUCAGACUGCAACCUGUGAGGUGGAAAUCGAGCUAGUUUCUUUAAAUGAGUUCCAAUAAAUUUGACUAGUCAUCACUUUUUAAUAUUUUAUGAUAAAUAAAGUCGUAUUCUUGAGGCUGAAUCCAAACCGAGACACUUCCUGUGUUCUUGGUUCCUUCCACAAAAACAACAACGCUCCAGAGCCCGUUAAGAGCAUACGCUCGGCCCCCUUCAGGGCCCCGUUGGUCUCCUUCAGGGCCCCGUUGGUCUCCUUCAGGGCCUCGUUGUCUCCUUCGUGUCCCCGUUGGUCUCCUUCAUGUGUUUUUCGGCUCCUUGUAGACUUUGAUGUGGUUUCUGGUCGUUUGUUCUCUGAAUGUUUGAAGAAACUCGUUGAUGUGGCAUUUUGUCUUUUAAAAUGUGGAUUUGUUUUUAUUCUGUGUAUUUUAUAGAGGCUGUAACAUUUUAAACAUAUUAAAAACAUUAAAUCAACUGUCAAACAUUC